GCAAUGGUCUCUGCAAGAUGGCUUGUUCUUGAGUUGGAGCUUUUUAAAACAGAUCUACGCUGGUACUUCAACUUUAUUAAGCGGACUAUAAAUUUUUCUCUCUCAACAACUACAUAAGCAGACAAAAUUGCAAAAAUCUGCCCUGUUUCGAGUAUGACAGCCACGACUCGUGGCUCUCCAGUAGGAGGGAAUGACAGUCAGGGACAGGCUCCUGAUGGACAGUCCCAGCCUCCUCUGCAGCAGAAUCAGACUUCUUCACCUGAUUCUUCAAAUGAGAAUUCCCCAGCUACUCCCCCUGAUGAACAGGGUCAAGGUGAUGCCCCACCACAACUUGAAGAUGAAGAACCUGCAUUUCCACACACUGAUUUGGCAAAACUGGAUGACAUGAUCAACAGACCUCGAUGGGUUGUUCCUGUAUUGCCCAAGGGAGAAUUAGAAGUUCUUCUAGAAGCUGCUAUUGAGCUUAGUAAAAAGGGUCUUGAUGUUAAAAGUGAAGCAUGUCAACGAUUUUUCCGAGAUGGGUUAACAAUUUCUUUCACAAAAAUACUUACAGAUGAGGCAGUGAGCGGCUGGAAAUUUGAAAUUCAUAGAUGUAUCAUUAACAACACCCAUCGCCUUGUUGAACUCUGUGUGGCAAAGCUGGCCCAAGAUUGGUUUCCUCUUCUUGAGCUUCUUGCAAUGGCCUUAAAUCCUCAUUGCAAGUUCCAUCUUUAUAAUGGUACACGUCCCUCAGAAACUGUUCCUGCUGGAGCUCAGCUAGCUGAAGAUGAACUUUAUGCUCGUCCUCCAGACCCACGGUCACCAAAGGGUUGGCUAGUAGAUCUCAUCAACAAGUUUGGCACGUUAAAUGGGUUUCAAAUCCUACAUGAUCGUUUUAUGAGUGGAUCAGCAUUGAAUGUUCAGAUUAUUGCAGCUCUCAUCAAACCAUUUGGACAGUGCUAUGAGUUUUUAACACUGCAUACAGUGAAGAAAUACUUCCUUCCAAUUAUAGAAAUGGUUCCACAGUUUUUAGAGAACUUAACUGAUGAUGAACUGAAGAAAGAAGCUAAGAAUGAAGCCAAAAAUGAUGCUUUGUCAAUGAUAAUAAAAUCUCUGAAGAGCUUAGCCUCAAGAGUUCCAGGACAAGAGGAAACAGUAAAAAACUUAGAAAUAUUUAGAUUAAAAAUGAUACUUAGGUUAUUACAAAUUUCAUCUUUCAAUGGAAAAAUGAAUGCACUAAAUGAAGUUAACAAAGUGAUAUCUAGUGUGUCAUAUUAUACCCAUCGACAUGGCAAUCCUGAAGAGGAGGAAUGGCUUACAGCAGAAAGAAUGGCAGAAUGGAUCCAGCAAAACAAUAUUUUAUCAAUUGUGUUGAGAGAUAGUCUACAUCAACCUCAAUAUGUAGAAAAGUUAGAGAAAAUUCUUCGUUUUGUCAUCAAAGAAAAGGCCCUAACUUUGCAAGACCUUGACAACAUUUGGGCUGCCCAGGCAGGAAAACAUGAAGCCAUUGUGAAAAAUGUACACGAUCUUCUUGCAAAAUUGGCCUGGGAUUUCUCUCCUGAACAGCUUGACCAUUUGUUUGAUUGCUUUAAGGCAAGUUGGACAAAUGCAAGUAAAAAACAACGUGAAAAGCUACUUGAGCUAAUCCGACGUCUUGCAGAAGAUGAUAAAGAUGGUGUGAUGGCACACAAAGUACUAAAUCUUCUAUGGAAUUUAGCACAUAGUGAUGAUGUUCCAGUUGAUAUCAUGGAUCAAGCUCUCAGUGCCCACAUUAAAAUUUUAGAUUACAGUUGUUCACAGGAUCGAGAUACACAAAAAAUACAGUGGAUAGAUCGUUUUAUAGAAGAACUUCGCACAAAUGACAAAUGGGUCAUUCCAGCCUUGAAACAAAUUAGGGAAAUUUGUAGUUUGUUUGGAGAAGCGCCACAAAACUUAAGUCAAACUCAGCGAGCCCCCCAUGUAUUUUAUCGUCAUGACUUAAUCAAUCAACUUCAGCACAAUCAUGCUCUAGUAACUUUAGUUGCAGAAAAUCUUUCAGCAUAUAUGGAAAGCAUGCGACAGUAUGCUAAAGAGCAUGGAGAAUAUGAUCCACAAACUGUAAGGCCAGGAAGUAGAUACAGUCAUGUUCAAGAAGUCCAAGAGCGGUUGAACUUUUUAAGAUUUUUACUGAAGGAUGGUCAAUUAUGGCUCUGUGCUCCUCAGGCAAAACAAAUAUGGAAAUGUUUAGCAGAAAAUGCAGUCUAUCUGUGUGAUCGUGAAGCCUGUUUUAAAUGGUAUUCUAAACUAAUGGGAGAUGAACCGGACCUAGACCCUGACAUUAAUAAAGACUUUUUUGAAAACAAUGUUCUUCAAUUGGACCCUUCACUCUUAACAGAAAAUGGAAUGAAAUGUUUUGAACGUUUCUUCAAAGCUGUGAACUGUCGGGAAGGAAAGCUAGUAGCAAAGAGACGAGCCUAUAUGAUGGAUGACUUGGAGUUAAUAGGACUGGAUUAUCUUUGGAGAGUUGUAAUUCAAGGGAAUGAUGAUAUUGCCAGUCGAGCAAUAGAUCUGUUGAAGGAGAUUUAUACCAACCUUGGUCCAAGAUUACAGGUUAAUCAGGUAGUUAUCCAUGAGGACUUUAUUCAGUCCUGUUUUGAUCGUUUGAAGGCAUCCUAUGAUACUUUAUGUGUUUUGGAUGGAGAUAAAGACAGUAUUAAUUGUGCAAGACAAGAAGCAAUAAGAAUGGUGCGAGUGUUGACUGUUUUAAGAGAGUAUAUAAAUGAAUGUGAUAGUGAUUACCAUGAAGAACGAACAAUUCUACCGAUGUCAAGAGCUUUUCGUGGUAAGCACAUGUCUCUGGUAGUUCGUUUUCCAAACCAAGGUCGUCAGGUGGAAGAUUUGGAUGUUUGGUCUCAUACAAACGAUACCAUUGGCUCAGUCAGACGUUGCAUUCUCAACCGUAUUAAAGCCAACAGUGCACAUACCAAAGUCGAAUUAUUUAUUGGAGGCGAACUAGUAGAUCCUGUAGAUGAUAGGAAAUUAAUUGGACAAUUGAAUCUAAAAGAUAAAACAUUAAUUACAGCAAAGCUUACACAGAUAAGUUCCAAUAUGCCUUCAAGCCCUGAUAGUUCCUCUGAUUCUUCUACGGGUUCUCCUGGUAACCAUGGCAAUCAUUAUAGUGAUGGUCCAAAUCCAGAAGUUGAAAGUUGCUUGCCUGGAGUUAUUAUGUCACUGCAUCCUAGAUACAUCUCAUUUCUUUGGCAAGUUGCAGACCUAGGCAGUAGUCUAAAUAUGCCAUCCCUUAGAGAUGGUGCACGUAUCCUUAUGAAAUUAAUGCCACCAGAUAAUACUACUGUAGAGAAAUUAAGAGCUAUCUGUUUAGACCAUGCAAAACUUGGUGACAGCAGCCUUAGUCCAUCCCUUGAUUCUCUGUUCUUUGGACCUUCUGCUUCACAAGUGCUAUAUCUUACGGAGGUAGUUUAUGCCUUGUUAAUGCCUGCCAAUUCGCCUCUGGGAGAAGAAGCUACUGACUUUCAGUUCAAUUUCUUAAAAAGUGGUGGUUUACCUCUGGUAUUGAGUAUGCUGACUAGAAAUAAUUUCCUGCCAAAUGCAGAUAUGGAAACAAGAAGGGGGGCCUAUCUAAAUGCUUUAAAAAUAGCAAAACUACUGCUGACUGCAAUUGGUUAUGGCCACGUGAGAGCUGUGGCAGAAGCUUGUCAACCAGUUGUAGAGGGAACAAGCCCAAUGUCACCGAUCAACCAGGCAACUCAUGACCAGGCGGUGGUAUUGCAAACUGCUCUGCAGAAUAUUCCCAAUCCAACUUCAGAGUGCAUGUUAAGAAAUGUAGCAAUACGCCUUACACAGCAAAUAUCCGACGAGGCUUCAAAGUUUAUUCCUGAUAUUUGCGUUAUUAGAGCAGUGCAAAAAAUAGUAUGGGCUUCGGGAUGUGGAUCAGUACAACUGGUAUUCAGCUCAAAUGAAGAUAUUAGUAAAAUUUAUGAAAAGACAAAUGCAGGCAAUGAACCAGAUUCAGAAGAUGAACAAGUUUGCUGUGAAGCACUUGAAGCGAUGACGCUUUGCUUUGCUUUGAUUCCAACAGCCCUGGAUGCACUAAGUAAAGAAAAAGCAUGGCAGACAUUUAUCAUUGAUUUGUUAUUGCAUUGUCACAGCAAAACUGUUCGGCAAAUGGCACAGGAGCAGUUCUUCUUAAUGGCUACUCGAUGUUGUAUGGGACAACGACCUCUUCUUUUUUUUAUAACUUUGUUAUUUACUGUAUUAGGGAGUACUGCAAGAGAACGUGCUAAACAUUCAGGAGAUUACUUUACUCUGUUAAGACAUCUUCUAAAUUAUGCUUACAAUAGUAAUAUUAAUGUGCCCAAUGCUGAAGUUCUGCUUAAUAAUGAAAUUGACUGGCUUAAAAGGAUCAGGGAUGAAGUGAAAAGGACAGGAGAAACAGGUGUAGAAGAAACUAUUCUAGAAGGUCAUCUUGGAGUUACCAAAGAAUUAUUGGCAUUCCAAACUCCUGAAAAAAAAUAUCACAUUGGUUGUGAAAAAGGUGGUGCUAAUCUCAUCAAAGAAUUAAUAGAUGAUUUCAUCUUUCCCGCAUCAAAUGUUUACUUGCAAUACAUGAGAAAUGGAGAAUUACCCGCUGAGCAGGCAAUACCUGUCUGUAGUUCCCCAGCUACCAUUAAUGCUGGAUUUGAGCUGUUGGUAGCCUUAGCAGUGGGCUGUGUCCGUAACCUCAAACAAAUAGUAGAUACUUUGACUGAAAUGUAUUAUAUAGGCACUGCGAUAACUACGUGUGAAGCAUUAACAGAAUGGGAAUAUCUGCCACCUGUUGGACCACGACCACCAAAGGGAUUUGUAGGGCUUAAAAAUGCUGGAGCCACUUGUUACAUGAAUUCUGUCAUUCAGCAACUAUAUAUGAUUCCUGCCAUCAGGAAUGGAAUUCUUGCAAUUGAUGGAACAGGCAGUGAUGUAGAUGAUGACAUGUCUGGAGAUGAGAAACAAGAUGAGAGCAACGUUGACCCACGAGAUGAAGUAUUUGGCUAUCCCCAUCCAUAUGAAGAUAAACCAACUUCAAGUAAAACAGAAGACAGAAAAGAGUACAACAUAGGUGUAUUAAGACAUCUCCAGGUCAUAUUUGGCCACUUAGCAGCUUCUAGAUUACAGUACUAUGUGCCAAGAGGAUUUUGGAAACAGUUCAGACUCUGGGGUGAACCUGUAAAUCUGCGAGAACAACAUGAUGCUUUAGAAUUUUUUAACUCUUUGGUGGAUAGCCUAGAUGAAGCUUUAAAAGCCUUAGGUCAUCCAGCAAUGUUAAGUAAAGUUUUGGGAGGAUCCUUUGCCGAUCAGAAAAUCUGUCAAGGUUGCCCUCAUAGGUACGAAUGUGAAGAAUCUUUUACAACACUGAAUGUAGAUAUUAGAAAUCACCAAAAUCUACUUGACUCUUUGGAACAAUAUGUCAAAGGAGACUUACUGGAAGGUGCAAAUGCAUAUCACUGUGAAAAAUGCAACAAGAAGGUUGAUACAGUGAAACGUUUGCUAAUUAAAAAACUGCCUCCAGUUCUUGCCAUCCAGCUAAAACGAUUUGACUAUGACUGGGAAAGGGAAUGUGCAAUCAAGUUCAAUGAUUAUUUUGAGUUUCCACGUGAGUUGGAUAUGGAACCUUAUACUGUGGCAGGAGUGGCUAAGUUAGAAGGGGAUGAUGUAAAUCCUGAAAACCAACUAAUACAGAAUGAACAAUCAGAAAACGAACAUUCUGGAAGUACAAAAUACAGACUAGUGGGUGUAUUGGUGCACAGUGGUCAAGCCAGUGGUGGACAUUAUUACUCUUACAUUAUUCAAAGAAAUGGAGGAGAUGGUGAGAAAAACAGAUGGUAUAAAUUUGAUGAUGGCGAUGUAACUGAAUGCAAAAUGGAUGAUGAUGAAGAAAUGAAAAAUCAGUGUUUUGGUGGAGAAUACAUGGGAGAAGUAUUUGAUCAUAUGAUGAAACGGAUGUCCUACAGACGUCAGAAGAGGUGGUGGAAUGCUUACAUUCUUUUUUAUGAACGUAUGGACACAGUAGAAAAAGACAAUGAACUCAUAAAAUAUAUUUCAGAACUUACAGUGACCACUAAACCCCAUCAAAUUAAAAUGCCAUCUGCAAUUGAGCGGAGUGUACGAAAACAAAAUGUACAGUUCAUGCAUAACCGAAUGCAGUACAGCCUGGAAUAUUUUCAGUUUGUAAAAAAAUUACUGACAUGUAACAGUGUCUACCUAAAUCCCCCUCCGGGACAAGAUCAUCUACUGCCUGAAGCAGAAGAAAUUACAAUGAUAAGUGUUCAGCUUGCUGCUAGAUUUCUGUUUACCACAGGAUUUCACACAAAGAAAAUAGUUCGUGGUCCUGCCAGUGAUUGGUAUGAUGCUUUGUGCAUUCUUCUUCGUCACAGCAAGAAUGUUCGUUUUUGGUUUGCACACAAUGUACUUUUCAAUGUUUCAAAUCGCUUCUCUGAAUAUCUUUUGGAAUGUCCUAGUGCUGAAGUAAGAGGAGCAUUUGCAAAAUUGAUAGUAUUUAUUGCACACUUUUCAUUACAAGAUGGACCAUGUCCUUCUCCUUUUGCUUCACCUGGACCUUCUAGUCAGGCAUAUGACAAUUUAAGUUUGAGUGACCAUUUGUUAAGAGCUGUGCUAAAUCUUCUUAGAAGGGAAGUGUCUGAGCAUGGACGUCAUUUGCAGCAAUAUUUCAACUUGUUCGUGAUGUAUGCCAACUUAGGUGUAGCAGAGAAAACACAACUUUUAAAAUUAAAUGUCCCUGCAACGUUUAUGCUUGUGGCACUGGAUGAAGGCCCAGGUCCUCCAAUUAAAUACCAGUAUGCUGAAUUGGGCAAACUAUACACUGUGGUGUCCCAACUAAUCCGCUGUUGUAAUGUGGCAUCACGAAUGCAGUCUUCUAUUAAUGGUAAUCCUCCACUUAGCAAUCCAUAUGGUGACCCUAAUUUAUCACAACCAAUAAUGGCACUGCAGCAAAAUGUGGCAGACAUUUUGUUUGUGCGGACCAGUUACGUGAAAAAAAUUAUAGAAGAUUGCAGUAAUUCAGAAGAGACUAUCAAACUACUUCGUUUCUGCUGUUGGGAAAAUCCUCAGUUUUCAUCUACAGUUCUCAGUGAAUUACUUUGGCAGGUUGCAUAUUCUUACACAUAUGAACUUCGACCUUAUUUGGAUCUACUUCUCCAAAUCUUACUAAUUGAGGAUUCUUGGCAGACUCACAGGAUUCACAAUGCACUUAAAGGAAUUCCAGAUGACCGUGAUGGGCUAUUUGAUACCAUUCAACGAUCCAAGAACCAUUAUCAAAAAAGGGCUUACCAGUGUAUAAAGUGUAUGGUGGCUCUCUUCAGCAACUGUCCUGUGGCGUAUCAAAUUUUACAGAGUAAUGGAGAUUUGAAGAGAAAAUGGACCUGGGCAGUAGAAUGGCUUGGAGAUGAGCUAGAACGUAGGCCUUACACUGGCAACCCACAGUAUACAUACAAUAACUGGUCUCCACCAGUACAAAGUAAUGAAACAUCAAAUGGUUACUUUCUGGAGAGAUCUCACAGUGCAAGAAUGACUCUUGCAAAGGCUUGUGAACUGUGCCCUGAAGAGGAACCAGAUGAUCCAGAUGCUCCUGAUGAGCAUGAAUCUUCUCCACCAGAAGAUGCUCCAUUGUACCCCCAUUCACCUGGCUCCCAAUACCAACAGAAUAACCAUGUGCAUGGACAGCCAUAUACAGGCCCUGCAGCACACCAUAUGAACAAUCCUCAGCGAACUGGCCAACGAGCACAAGAAAAUUUUGAAGGCAGUGAAGAAGUUUCACCACCUCAGACAAAAGAAUAGUGAAAAUGCACACAAUUAACUUGCUCCAUCAAGACUGUGCACCCAGGCCU